AUGGAACCGAUUAGGGUUCAGCUGGGUUAUGGGAAUAUGCUGGUUGUGGAUUCACACAGGCACAGGGGAGGGUUGGCUUUGUUAUGGAAUGAUCAUGUUGAGGUGGAGGUAACGGGGUAUUCACAAAACCAUAUUUAUGCAACUGUUAGGUUGGAUGUUGGCGGGCCAGUGUGGAGGUUUACGGGUUUCUAUGGCUAUGCUGACUGUCAAAUGAGGCGGGAGUCAUGGGGUAUGCUCCGGAGUUUAGCUGGUUUGAGUAAUUUACCGUGGCUUCUGAUGGGGGACUUUAAUGAUAUAUUACAUCAAUCUGAGAAGAGAGGAAGGAACCCGCAUCCUGAGUGGCUCUUGCGAGGGUUUCGAACGGCAGUAACGGAUUGUGGUUUACAGGAUUUCCCGUUUGCAGGUAAUCAGUUUGCUUGGGUUCGGUCCCCGGGCACGUUGGAUAUGGUAGAGGAGAAGCUAGAUCGUAUACUCACUACUGACACCUGGUUAAUGUUAUAUGAAGGUGCGGCGGCUCAGUCACUUGCAGUACCUUAUAGUGAUCACUUGCCUAUAUUGAUUACCCCCUUGGUAGUGAACCGGGUUCGUAGACGGAGGCGGUUUUGUUUUGACAAUAUGUGGCUGCGGGAGGAGUCUUGUAAGGAGAUUGUGCAACAGAGUUGGGAAAGGACCAAUGGAUUUGAUUUGCUGGAACGUAUCCGUGUGUGUAGCCGUGACAUCUGGGACUGGGGACGAAAUUAUAAUAGAGAUUUUCUAAGGAAAAUUGAGACGUGUAAGGCGAAGCUCGAGAACCUGCAGGCAAGGUUGAAUGGUGUUGAUUAUGUUGAGUAUGCUCGGGUGGAGAAGGAGUUGCUCAUCUUGUUGGAGCAGCAACACUUAUAUUGGAAACAAAGGGCGAAAGAACACUGGUGGAGAGGGGGUGAUUUGAACACGAAAUUCUUCCAUAACAGUGUUAAAGCAAGGCGGAGACGAAAUAUAAUAAGGAAGUUGAAGAACGAGGACGGUUAA